AUGGACAAGAAUCUUAACAUUCCAUACUUCACUGUGAACUUGAUACUUAGAAGAUUUAAAAGAACUAGAAGUAUGGAGUACAAGUCUCUAGAUAGUGAUUUGAGACCAAUCAUUAAAGAUUAUCACAAACAGCUUAUUUUGAAUAUAAUUGAUAAGAAAAUAAGUAUAUGUAUCUUGUGCAAUGACCUCCAAUAUAUUGAGACUGUUACUCUCAAAAGAGUGACAGCAAUUGAAGAGAAGAGAAAUGAUGAGAUGACUCUUAGAAAAAGACACAAGUAUAUUUUAAGAUUGCAGCUAGAAGAAAUCUUGUACAGCCAGAAUUGUAUUUUUAUCAAUGAGGCUGACUUUAAUUUUUACUUGAUUAAGAGUUAUAUCAGAGCAAAGACAGAAAAGUAUGCCCUUGCAUAA